AUGCCCCAGGCAGACGGUGACAUGAGGCACCUGCCUUAUUUCUGCCGGGGCCAAAUGGUGCGGGGCUUCAGCUGGGGCUCCAAGCAACUGGGCAUCCCCACAGCUAACUUUCCUGAACAAGUAGUAGAUAAUCUCCCAGCUGAUGUAUCCACUGGCAUUUACUAUGGUUGGGCCAGUGUUGGAAGUGGAGAUGUCCAGAAGAUGGUGGUGAGCAUAGGCUGGAAUCCAUACUACAAGCAUACAAAAAAGUCCAUGGAAACUCAUAACAUGCAUACCUUUAAAGAGGACUUCUAUGGGGAAAUCCUCAAUGUGGCUAUUUUUGGCUACCUCAGACCAGAAAAGAAAUUUGAUUCUUUAGAGUCACUUAUUUCAGCAAUUCAAGGUAUUAUUGAAGAAGCUAAGAAAUGACUAGCUCUACCAGAACAUUUGAAACUCAAAGAAGACAGUUUCUUCCGGGUUCCUAAAGGCA